ACGGCAUGUUCCAGUUAGCUAAUGGUACAGAGACCAGGCACUUGAUAAUAUUCGUUUAAAUGUAGCUUCUGUGUGAAAUUUCGACACAUUUCUGCUAUUACAUUUGCGUCGCGUUGAAAAUGUAGCUAGGUUAGAUUCACUAUCUAGCUACGUACUGACUUAGUUUUAAAUGAAAAGCAAGUUGGUGUAUCAUUUUGCCAGCAUCCGACUGAUUAAGAGUAAAAGUGUUGGUGGUAGGGCAAGAUGAUUCGUCUGGUAUCACAUCAGCGCUGGCUGCGCUCCCAUGCUGUUCUGCAGAGGCGAUGGUACACAACCGCAUCUGAGCUCAAGGUCCCACAAAGCUCCAGUCAGUUACGUAUGAACCCCCUCAACAUCCAGAUGCUGUCCAGGAACCUGCAAGAACAGAUCUUCCGCUGCUCUGCACAAGAGUACUCUGCUGAGAGCAUAGAGAAAAGCAUUAGGCACUUAAAGAAACAUCAUCUCUGGGGGAAAGAGGCAGUGCUGUUACCUGACGUGGAGCUAAAACUGCCGCAGAUGUACGGCAAGGACAUUGACGACCACUUUAGAAUUAUAGCCCAGAAACAGAGCAUGCCUUACCUUUUGGCAGCUUGUCAUCUCCAGAAAGCAGAGCUCCCUCAGAUGCCCCAAAAAUGGGCCUGGGAAGUUGGCUGGACACGGUAUGGACUGGACGGAGAACCCAGGAAGGUGGAUUUUCCAGAUGAGAAUGCUCUGGUAUUUGAUGUGGAAGUCUGCAUGGCAGAAGGUCACUGUCCCACACUGGCAGUGGCGGUAUCUCCCAAUGCCUGGUACUCGUGGUGCAGCAGGAGGCUGGUUGAGGAGAGGUACAGCUGGUCCAGCCGGCUCACACCGGCCGACCUCAUCCCACUUGAGACGCCAGUCAACUCCAGAAGGCCUCUGGGAGGGCGGUGGGAUAAAAGGCUUGUUGUGGGGCACAAUGUCAGCUUUGACAGAGCACACAUUAAAGAACAGUACCUUCUGAAAGGAUCAAAGAUGCGUUUCCUGGACACCAUGAGUCUCCACAUGGCUAUCUCAGGGCUGACAGGUUUCCAGCGUUCCCUCUGGUUGGCCAACAGAUAUGGGAAAAGACAGGGCCUACAGGAAGUCAAGGAGCACAUGAGGAAGCUCGGUCACCAUUCCAAGGGCAAGGGCCCAGCGAUUGGCUCUUGGGCCUGGGUUGACGUCAGCAGUAUUAAUAACCUAGCAGAUGUCCAUGCGCUCUAUGUUGGAGGGGAUCCCCUGAAGAAAGAGACCAGGGAGAUAUUUGUGAAGGGAAGCAUUAGUGACAUCAGGAGCAAUUUCCAGGAGCUCAUGCAGUAUUGUGCUAUGGAUGUCCUGGCCACUCAUGAGGUGUUCAUCCAACAACUGUCCCUCUUCUUGGAGCGGUGCCCUCAUCCUGUGACGUUUGCAGGGAUGCUGGAGAUGGGCGUCUGCUACUUGCCUGUCAAUCAAAACUGGGAGCGGUACUUAGAAGACGCCCAGGACACAUAUGAGGAGCUGCAGAGAGAGAUGAAGAAAUCCCUGAUGAGUUUAGCGGAUGAUGCCUGCCCGUUACUACAGGAUGACAGGUACAAGGAGGACCCCUGGCUGUGGGACUUUGAGUGGGAUGUUCAGGACUUCAAGCAGAAGAAAGUGUCUGUGAGCCAGAGGAAGAAGGCUAAGCAGCAGACAGAGAAAGCAGCAGCAGCAGCAGCGUCUCAGUGUGACAGCCUGGAGAAAAACUGCGACCAGGAUCCAGGCCCACCAGAGGAGGGUCGGAGGGAAGAGGACACCAGCAGGCAGCUUGUGGAGCGGUUAAAGGAGACAGUCAGCUACCUGCCCAAGAGGAGACAGCAUAUGCCAGGACACCCAGGCUGGUAUCGGAAGCUGUGUGCGAGGAUGUCAUCAUCUGUGAAGGAGGAGAAUGAGGAGGUGUGGUCUCCUGGACCAAACUUGAUCAGCCUGCAGAUGAGGGUCACACCUAAGCUCAUGGGGCUGACCUGGGACGGCUUCCCCCUGCACUACACGAAGAAGCACGGCUGGGGCUACCUGGUGCCGGGCCGCAGAGACAACCUGGACACCGGGGAGGACGUGGAGGGGCCUGUGUGCCCAUACAGGGCAAUAGAGCGCGUGUACAGGGAGUACUGUGAGCGGAAAGGCAAGGAGCAGCCGCAGUGUCUGGACAGCCCGCCACCGGAUGACCUCAUGCUGACUGACAGCAGCGUGUGGCAAACGGUGGAGGAGUUGAGUCGGCUAGAAGUAGCGUCUGACGAUGAGGCAGUGCUCAAAGCUGUCAAGACCAAAAAGUCAGGGGUAUCAGUGGAUAUGGUAGGUAAAAGUGACUGCCCCUAUCACCAUGGUAAUGGACCCUACAAUGACGUCAACAUUCCUGGAUGUUGGUUCUUUAAACUUCCUCAUAAGGAUGGGAAUGAGAAUAAUGUGGGUAGCCCCUUCUCCAAAGACUUCCUGUCCAAAAUGGAGGACGGUACCCUCCAGGCAGGGCGAGGAGGCACCAACGCAGCACGGGCUCUGGAGAUCAACAAGAUGAUCUCGUUCUGGAGAAACGCCCAGAAACGCAUCAGUUCGCAGAUGGUGCUGUGGCUGCAGAGGGGAGACCUUCCUCACAUCGCGAGCAAACACGCGGACUACGAUGACGAGGGGCAGUACGGUGCCAUCCUACCACAGGUCAUCACUGCUGGCACGGUCACCCGCAGAGCUGUGGAGCCAACGUGGCUGACUGCCAGUAAUGCACGGUGGGAUCGCGUGGGCAGUGAAUUGAAAGCUAUGGUGCAGGUGCCUCCUGGGUACCAUCUAGUGGGGGCAGAUGUUGACUCCCAGGAGCUGUGGAUUGCUGCUGUCCUGGGAGAGUCUCACUUUUCUGGCAUGCAUGGUGGCACGGCAUUCGGCUGGAUGACCCUGCAGGGCAAGAAGAGCCAGGGCACCGACCUGCACAGCCGCACUGCAGACGCCGUGGGCAUCAGCCGCGAGCACGCCAAGAUCUUCAACUACGGCCGUAUCUACGGGGCGGGCCGGCCCUUCGCCGUACGCCUGCUCAUGCAGUUCAACCACCGGCUCAGCCAGGCCGAGGCAGAGGGCAAGGCCCGGCAGAUGUAUGCGCUCACCAAAGGGCUACGCAAGUAUCGUCUCUCUGACACGGGGGAGUGGUUGGUUAGUGAACUGGGUGUGAAUGUGAAGAGAGAUGAAAAUGGCUCCAUCUCCAGAGAGGAGUUACACCACAUUUCUACACUGGCUGGAAUAAGAUCUCGGAAGAAGAGGCGGUUGGACAUAGUAGAUCAACGUGUGUGGGCCGGAGGUACAGAGUCAGAGAUGUUCAACAAGCUGGAGGCCAUUGCUCACUCGAAGCAGCCUGCCACCCCGGUGCUGGGCUGUAGGAUCUCCCGGGCCCUGGAGCCUGCUGCCGUCAGAGAUGAGUUCAUCACCAGCAGGGUGAACUGGGUGGUUCAGAGUUCAGCAGUGGACUACCUUCACCUGAUGCUGGUGGCCAUGCACUGGCUACUGGAGGAGUACAACAUCAAUGGACGCUUCUGUAUCAGCAUCCACGAUGAAGUUCGUUACCUGGUGAGCAGCGAGGACCGGUACAGAGCAGCACUUGCCCUGCAGAUCACCAACUUGCUUACCCGCUCCAUGUUUUCCUAUAAGAUGGGCAUAAGGGAUCUACCACAGUCCGUGGCUUUCUUCAGCGCUGUAGAUAUUGACCAGUGCUUGAGGAAGGAGGUCACCAUGGACUGUGUGACUCCAUCUAAUCCUGCUGGACUAAAGCGACGUUAUGGAAUACCACAAGGUGAAGCGUUGGAUAUCUAUCAGCUCAUUAAGAUUACGAAAGGUUCUUUGGCCAAAAGCAGGACAGAGUAAUGGGUCCAAAAGACUCCCACCAGUCAGACCUGACUGCAGGACACAAAGGAAAAACUGGGAUGCAAGUCUUACUGCUUCCUUCUCUUCUUCUUGGGCGCCUGGGUCUCUUCAGAAACUGGAGUAUCCUCCAUCUAAAAGACAGGAAUGAGCACAUAUAUGAAGAGCCAAAGCUGCAUCCUAGCACACUGGUGCAGGACACUGGCAUUUGUUUCUAACCUGCAUUCAACUGGAUAUUGUAUUCGUUAUUUCUACAUUUUUUUACCUUGUGAAGAAAGCAGUUACAUUA